UUUACUUUCUACUCACUGUCUCACUAUUAGUGCAAGAAAUACAUUUGACCAUAAAAUCCCUCAUCACCUCCGAGAGAAGGGCGCGUGCAGUGUAGAGGCAUUUAGGCAUCUGCGCUGUUUACCCUCAAAGCACGGCUGAAAGAUCGAUGUUGAGGAGCACGAGGUCGUGGGGUGUGUGACAGCUGGGCGGAGAGACUGAAACUCCGGAGGCAGCACGCGCACUGGGGUAGAGGAGGGCAGAUGUUCGGGUAAAUCGGUGCUCAGUGCUGCGUUUUCACCGAAGGGAGAGACUGAGCGAGAGAGAGAGAGAGAGAGAGAGAGAAAGCCGGCGGUUCCGUUGCGGCGUGAGAAAUUUUGACGAGAGGAUGCAGCGGAACCGGAGCAUGCACGCGCGCUACGCGAGCUGCCUCCUACUGUGGCUGACGAGCGCGUGCUGGACAGCGGCGGAGACGCGGGGGUCCCAAUCGGAGAUCCCCUUAUCAGUGGUUAAACUCUGGGCUUCAGCGUUUGGUGGUGAAAUAAAAUCAAUAGCAUCAAAAUACUCUGGAUCACAGCUCUUGCAAAAGAAAUAUAAGGAGCACGAGAAGUCGGUGCGUAUAGAGGAGAUCGACGGCGCAAAACUGGUGAAAAAUUUGGCUCAAAAUAUGGAAGAAAUGUUUCGGAAGAAAGCAGAGGCCACACGAAGGCUUGUUGAAGCAGCAGAGGAGGCUCAUUUACAGCAUGAGGAGAACCCAGACCUACAGUACGAGUAUUUCAACGCCGUGCUGAUAAACGAGGUGGAUGAAGAUGGGAACAGCGUGGAGCUCGGAGGAGAGUUUAUCCUGGAGCCUGAUGAUCACUUUAAUAACCUGUCGGUCAACCUCAGCCUCAGCGUGGUGCAGGUGCCGACCAACAUGUACAAUAAAGACCCCGACAUUGUUAAUGGAGUCUACUGGUCGGAAGCUCUGAACAAAGUUUUCGUAGAUAACUUUAAAAGAGACCCGUCGCUCAUUUGGCAGUACUUCGGAAGCGCCAAAGGAUUCUUCAGACAAUACCCAGGUGUGAAGUGGCAUCCAGAUGAACACGGUGUCAUCUCUUUUGACUGCAGAAAUCGAAAAUGGUAUAUCCAGGCGGCCACGUCUCCAAAAGACGUUGUGAUUCUGGUGGACGUCAGUGGCAGUAUGAAGGGUCUAAGACUCACUAUCGCUCGACAGACUGUCGCCUCCAUACUGGACACACUAGGAGACGAUGACUACUUCAAUAUUAUCGCGUACAACCAGGACGUCCAUUAUGUGGAACCCUGUCUGAACGGAACCCUGGUUCAAGCUGACAGCACUAAUAAGGAUCACUUUAAAGAGCACCUGAACAAGUUAUUCGCUAAAGGAAUCGGACUCUUGGGCAAUGCGUUGAGUGAGGCGUUUACUAUCUUAAAUGAGAUUAAUCAGACCGGUCGUGGAAGUUUGUGUAGUCAGGCGAUCAUGCUGGUCACAGAUGGAGCUACUAAAAUGUAUGACGAAGUUUUCGCCAAGUAUAACUUACCCGACCGAAAGGUUCGAAUAUUCCCUUACCUGAUCGGUCGGGAAUCUGCCUUCGCUGAAAACCUCAAAUGGAUGGCGUGCGCCAAUAAAGGCUAUUUCAGUCAGAUCUCAACGCUGGCGGACGUGCAGGAGAACGUCAUGAGAUAUUUGCAUGUGAUGAGCAGACCGAAAGUCAUCGACCAUGAACAUGACACAGUAUGGACUGAAGCUUAUGUGGACAGCGCUCUCGCACAGGCGCACAAGCAGCUUGGAGAGAAUAAGGGUCCGAGCCCGAUGACGACGGUGGCCAUGCCUGUGUUUAGCACCAAGAAUGAGACGAAAAACCAAGGCAUCCUGCUGGGUGUCGUAGGCACUGACAUCCCCAUUCAAGAGUUAAUGAAAACCAUACCGAAACACAAGCUGGGAAUACACGGAUACGCUUUUGCCAUCACCAAUAAUGGAUAUAUCCUGACACAUCCUGACCUGAGACCCCUGUACCAGGAAGGCCAGAAAAGGAAGAAACCCAGUUACAGCAGUGUGGACCUGUCGGAGGUGGAAUGGGAAGAUAAAGAGGAUGUUUUGCGCACAGCAAUGGUGAACAGAAGGACUGGAACUUUCUCAAUGGAAGUGAAAAAAACUGUGGAUAAAGGGAAGCGUGUGUUGACGAUGCACAAUGAUUAUUACUACACUGACAUUAAAGGAACUCCAUUUAGUGUAGGUGUGGCUCUCUCUCGUGGACAUGGCAAAUACUUCUUCAAAGGGAAUGUUUCACUUGAAGCAGGUCUGCAUGACUUGGAGCAACCCGAUGUAGCCUUAGCUGAUGAAUGGACGUACUGCAACACAGAUGAGCACCAUGAGCACCGUCACCUCACACAAGUUCAGGCCAUCAAACUCUACAUGACCAGCCGUAGACCUCACCUUAAAUGUGACAGAGAGCUGAUACAGCAGGUUCUCUUCGAUGCUGUGGUCACGGCGCCUUUAGAAGCGUACUGGACCGGACUGGCCCUCAACAAGUCUGAAAAUUCUGAUAAAGGGGUAGAAAUCGCCUUCCUCGGGACCCGCACCGGGCUUUCUAGAACCAACCUGUUUGUCGCUCCAGAGCAGCUGACCAAUCAAGAUUUUCUCACGGCUGAAGAUAAAGAGGGCGUCUUUAACGCGGAUCAUUUUCCUCUGUGGUAUAAGAGAGCGGCAGAGCAGGUGCCCGGCACCUUUGUUUAUUCGAUUCCUUUCGGUUCAGGGGGAGAAAAUAAAAGUGUGGUUUUGGCCAGCACUGCUAUCCAGCUACUGGAUGACAGAAAGUCUCCUAUAGUGGCAGCCGUAGGAAUUCAAAUGAAGCUGGAAUUCUUUCAGAGAAAAUUCUGGACUGCCAGUCGACAGUGUAAUGCUCUGGAUGGGAAAUGCAUCAUCAGUUGUGAUAAUGAGGACAUUAAAUGUUAUCUUAUAGACAACAAUGGCUUCAUAUUGGUCUCUGAAGAAGUUUCUCAGACAAAUCUGUUCUUUGGUGAAGUAGAAGGAGCCGUCAUGAACAAACUGCUUCUCAUGGGCUCUUUUAAAAAGAUCCCUUUAUAUGACUACCAGGCUCUGUGUAAGGGGUACGCAGGCAGCAGUGACAGUUCUAACAGUCUGUUAGAUCCCUUCACCACCGUGAAAUGGCUUUUGACUGAACUUGUCAUAUUUCUGCUGGAGUUUAAUCUGUAUAGCUGGUGGAACUGUGGCUCUACAGUAAACGCUCAGAGAUCUCAGAGGAUGAUGAUGGUUCCAUGUGACACCGAGUAUCCAGCGUUCGUGUCUGAACGCACCAUCAAAGAGACGACAGGCAAUAUUGACUGUAAUGGCUGUAUACGCACAUUUGUCAUACAGCAAAUUCCCAGCAGUAACCUGUUUAUGGUGGUGGUUGAGAAUAAAUGUGACUGUAGCUUCGCCCCCCGUGUUACCAUGGAACCCAUCGAGAUCAUUUAUAAUGAGUCUCUGAAGUGUGACAGACUGAAGUUUCAGAAGGAUCGCAGACGACCGCAGUCCUGCCAUCCCUUCCAUCCACAGGAGAACGCUGUGGAAUGUGGUUCAGCGAACACGCUGAAUUUUUCGUUGGUGGCCAUUCUAUUCUCUGUACUCGCCUUGCUUAUCAGCAGGUGACCUCUGACCCCGGCCUCGACCGUUAGGCUUAUUUACACCCAAUCAGAGAGCCAUAUGCUUCUGCCAAACAUGUAACUCGGCCCACAGAGACAGAAAACAUCUUUGUGAUGUCUGAAUUACUAAGAAUAGAUGAUAUUUAUUACUGUCAAAGACUUUGUUAGAAUCUGUUGAGUGUUUUAUUCUUACAUACUGUAUGGACUAGUGAUUAGAUCUGCCAGCCGUCACAGCUAAGCGCAGUCCAUGUAGCUGUCUAGCCUCGAGAUAAUUAUAUACACAACGUUAGUCUUAUACUGUACGAUCUUAAGCACAGAGGAAAGCUGAGCAAAAGUGUUCUUGGUGUCGGUAUUAUUUGCCUGCCUCCCAGUUCGAUUCAGAAUUUAAUUCAACUCUGAAGAUGCAUGACGUGAAAAAAUAGGAAUAUUUCACAUUGCUGUUUGUAAGAAUAGCGUACAUCAUCAAGCGAUGAGAUGUGGGUUCUUCACAAACUUGAAAAAGUUUUGCCUGCUUAAAGUAUUUGGAAAAUGCCUUUUGAUUGUUUUAUCCCUUUACAUCAAAGGA